AAAUGCGAUUUCGAAUUUACCGGAAGUCGUAGCAUUGAAAACCCGAGCUCUGCCAUUUCAUCCCAUGUGGCAUCGUGUAAUGACACUGGAUCAGCGGUGAUACUAAUUUUUUUUCGAUUAUAAAGCUCGAAUUAAAAAUAAGCUUUCAGAAUGGCGAGUUUAAAGGUUGAUAAUCCUGAGAAGCCAGUACAGGAGACUGCUCCGAUUCACAGAAUCAGAAUCACCCUGACUUCUCGCAAUGUUCGCUCACUUGAAAAAGUGUGCUCAGAGCUGAUCCAGAGGGGAAAGAAGCAGAAGCUGAAGGUAAAGGGACCUGUGCGUAUGCCUACAAAGAUCCUGAGGAUCACGACACGUAAAACCCCUUGUGGUGAGGGUUCCAAGACCUGGGAUCGCUUCCAAAUGAGAAUUCACAAAAGGGUUAUCGAUCUCUACUCGCCUUCUGAAAUUGUUAAGCAAAUCACAAGUAUCAGUCUGGAACCCGGUGUAGAAGUUGAGGUCACCAUCGCUAACGACUAAUGUGAAUAUCAUGAUUUUUAUUGCCACAAUUACAAAUUAAUAAAAAAAAUUUUAAAAUACCAA